AUAUAAGGGCAAAUAGAUUAUGAUACCAAGAUUAACCUUGAUAGUACAAGAUAAGCUAUGAUAUUGAUGUUACAUUUAUUUUAGAUAGUGGCUGAGUUGGUUUAGUCUAGGAUGACUAUAAACAUGUUUUUAACUGUAUGAGACUCCAAGAACUUCAUAUUUUUAGAGGGUUUUACAAGAAGAUAGUUUUGAAGACAUUUAAAAAGUAAAUGUUGGUUUAAUGUGACAAUCCUGGAAUAGACAUGAAGAAUCCUAACAUUUGGCUACUAAUUUUUUUUAAAGUAUGAGUUUCUGCAGGAUGAGAUGCAAGAAUUAAAAUUGGACUCCACAGACAGCCCAAUGACCAGGAAUGACCAGGACAGUUACCUUUUGAUUGUGUCUGGCACUCCAGCACAGGAUCAGAGGGAGACGGAGAAUUCUCCAAUUACACCCAAAACAAAGAGGAAAAAUGAAAAGGACUCUGUUACUGAAGAGCUCCACCAUGCCAGUGAUAUGUCAGCGUCGUUAGAGUAUGAUGAAGCAACACAGGGGGCAGAUGACUGCGGUCAGUUUAGCAGGUCAAGCUCAAUCAGAUUAGAGAUUCAGGAUUUGUGUAAUGAUGGUAGCUUUAACUUUACCACAAGCACGCUACGUAAAUGCAAGCAGUUGGUGCUUCGACCUUACUGGAAACUUCUUGUAUUUAUUGGAUGGAGGGGAUUUCACAAAGAAUCCAUUCAUGCCAACAAAAGGCGUUGGAAGAUUGUCAACUUCCUGUAUCCGAUGCUGAUGGUAUUGCUGCUGUUGUACACCUACAUGUAUGAGAUCCUGGCCUGUGAGUGGAAGCUCAACAUCGCUACAGACAGCAAGGUACCAACAACAGCUGUUCCCAUGACAACGCCAAACUCUUCAAUCCCAAUGAGCAGCUUAGUCCCAGCUAUUUUAAAGGGCAGUAACUCCUCCAGCUGGAACAUAGGCUGUGAGCACAUUGUCACCACCUACAUGAUACCCAACAUCCUCCACCUCCUGGCCUACACGUUUGGCCUCUACUACUUUAGGAUACAGGAAAAUGAGCAGUUGUAUGCGCUCAUGGAAAAAGUGUUUCUUCAAGCUACACCUGUACAAGCUAGGACAGCCUCACAGCAAAAAAUGAUACAUAGACUUAGACUGUUCCUUGUGGCUGGGUCCUUGUGGGUGUUCUUAACUGUUUUACUGCAGUGUCUGUAUGUUUGGGCCUUCAAUUUCCCUAAGUUGCCUCUCUUCAAAACUAUUGGCUGUAUCCUCCCCUACAGGGUGCCUGGCUACUGGUCACUGUUUGGCAUCGAGCUGCUGGGACGGACUCUCUUUAACGCGGUCAUCCUGGCCAUCGUGAUGAAUUACGCCACCCAGUGUGAGAUGAUAAAGUUCUACGUGCGGGGGCUCAGCAUGAGACUACAAGAAAAAUCUACGGAUCUAAAAACUGCUAUGAAGGAUCUGCUAAUGCUAAGGCAGAGUUUGAGUUUAUUGAAUGGGAUAAUCUCCAAAAUGACCUCACUUGUGGCUGUCAUUCUUGCAGAGUUAACUAUCAUUGGUAUCUGUAUAUUGUUCUUAAAUGAGAUGAACGACCCAAAAGUCUGGGCAUACAGGAGCCUUUUCCCACUUAUCUGGGCUGUAAUGCUUUCAUUUCCUCUGUUUCAAGCUGCUCGAGUCAAUUCUAUCUGUCUGAGGAUUCAGAAAAUUUCUUUAGAGAUGCGGGUGUUUGGGUACAAGGGAGCAUCCAUUUUGGACCUGGAUUCCUUUCUUCAGUUUGUUUCCUUGACCAAACUAAAAGCCAAGUUGUUCCACAUCCCCAUGUUACCGUCCCACCUUAUUUUUGCUGGAGUGGUCGGCGCCUUCGUCCUCCUGAUUCUUGUACAGACCAGCAGCAUUGGGCCAUCCAAUUAUUUCUUUUAAUUAACGAUGUGUCAAUCAUACAACACAGCCUGCUGGAUCAGACCCUGUAAAUAAUUUACAUAUGGAUCAUGGUGGUCACAUGACAGAGUUAAAGACUGAUUAUCUAUGCAGGACUUUGCAGAGUCCACUUAGCUUUAAUAAGUACCUGACUGAUGUUGGGAAAAGACAUUGUAAUUAGGCAUUGUUCAAGCCUCAUAUAUUCUGUUUGACCUCUAUUUAAUCUGUAUAGUUAAUGGUCAACAUAAUAGUAUUUCGCUUUAAGAAUACAAAAUUUUAUUUUUAUUACUGAACCCUUCUUGUGCCUUCAUUGUUCAGAUAAUAUGACACAAACUUUUACACUCAUUGUAGGCUUAAAUGAUCAAUAUUUGAUCCCCCAUUUCAGUUCCCCAUUAUUUAUGCGCAUCAACAUUUUGUAAUGUUUAAACUGAUGUGUUAUUUAUAUAUGAUUCAUCAUGAAGGAUAAUUGAAUGCAUGUAAAGCCAAUUAUAUUGAUCAUUAUUCAUUUUAAACUUACUUUGAAACUGGAUUGAGAUUUAAUAACAAAAUACAAAUAAACAAAUAAGCC